GCCACCAUCGUCAUCAUCAUUACCAUCAUCGGUCACCAUCAAACAGGGACAGCGAUUAGAAAGGGAGGAAUGUAUGAGAUUUGGUUUUGAACGGAAGAAGAUCAAUUUUGUUGGCCGGAGGCAGAAAAAUAAAGAGGAAAAGGGAGCUUGGGCAGCAUAUCUUUGGGGUGUUCUUGCUUUAGGUAAUCUUCUGAAACAGACGGUUUUUUGGGAAAGGAUGAGUGAGGCUUGUGUCGGAUGGGAAAGAAAGAACUUCAAACCAGAAAUUGAAAUGAAAAGAAACCAGAAAAUGCAAGGCAAAAUGUUGCAACCACAAGCAGAACACACAAGGGAAUUCAGCUACAGUAAGAGUAUCAAGUUUUCUUGUGUAUAAGGAAUUAUGGUAAAUACCUAAGCAAUUGAGCUAGGUAAAACCCAUUUGGAUUGGGAGUACGAAGAAAUGGUAUUAGAUCCUUUGCACAAUAAGAAAGUUAUGGCUCGGCCAUUUGUUAGGUAGGAUGUGCACCCAAGGAAAUCCAUGGAAGAAAUUGCAUUCUUUUGAAACAUUUAGACAUGCAUAAAGUUACCUUGCAAAGUUUAAAUGUGUUGCUAUUGCUGAAUCAGAAUCUAUCCCAAUACUUGUGAUACAGGACAGGUUUCUUAUGCAAUUUAUCAUUGAAUGUGCAGAGAACUAUACUAAACACUAUUGGAACAACUUCUGGUUUGGUUUACUUUGAAUACUUGAAUUUUUUAAGCUAUUUGUUACUUAUUGAGCCUUAUAUUUCAUAGAAAUAUUGUUUUUCUCAAUUGUUACAGGUUAGUGUAGUUUAUAGCUCCGGAGAACUUCAACCAGCCAAAGAAUCGCUUGGGAGCCGAGUUAAUAAUACAAACUUAUUCUUUGACCAAAACCUUGUUAUGCCUCACUGUUUGUUGUAAACAAGCAAGACACCUAAAAGUUCUUUUGGACAUGUGGCAGGAUAUUAAAGAUGAUAUUGUUGGCUUUGUUCAGGAAUUCCACACAAAUGGUAAACUAGUCAAGGGGUCUAAUGUCUCAUUCAUUACACUUAUGCCUAAAGUCCCGAACCCACAGUGUAUUGAAGAAUAUAGGCCUAUUUCACUCAUUAGAGCAAUGUACAAAAUCAUAGCCAAGUUAUUGAAAUGGAAUAGAUGCUGGUUAUCAUUUGGUGGCAAGCGUACCCUUCUUAGCUCUGUGCUUUCAUCUCUCCCCGUCUUCCUCAUGUCGAUCUACCUCGCUCCAAAAGAAGGAAAAGAGAGUCUGUGGCUCAAAAUAGUAAAAGCAAAAUAUGGUAGAGGAAAUGAUUAUUGGUUGAACUGGGUUAGGGAAGGUAGAGGAGUAGGAUCAAAUUGGUGGAAAGAUAUAUGCAAGUUGGACAUGUUAGUAGAGGGAAAAAGUGGGUGGCUAACAAAUGGUUUUGAGUUUGUAGUUGGGGAAGGAAAAAGUACAAGGACAAAUCCAUCCACCAAAUGGGAUUGUGGGAACAAGAUAAAUGGAAUUGGCAUUUCAAUUGGAGGCGACAAUUGUAUCCAUGGGAGACAGAAGACGUGCAGAAACUUGUUAGCUUGCUGCAAAAUAUACAAGUCCAAAUUGGAGUUGAAGACUCUUGGAUGUGGAAGCACUGUUCAAGCGAGGUUUACUCCUCCAAGUCAGGCUAUCUUUUACUUGAAGACAAUUAGCCAAGACCUAAGAAAAGGACAUUCAAGAGGGUAUGGAACACUCAAAUCCCACAUAAAGUCUGUGGGUUUCUAUGGCAAGCAACAUUGGAUAAAAUCCCAACCAGAGCAAACCUUUUCAAAUAAGGAGUUCUCAAAGAUGUCAAUGAAACUUUAUGUAGCAUCUGUAAUGAGCAUGAGGAAGACAGAGACCACCUCUUUUUACACUGUAAAGUUGCUUUGGAAAUAUGGCAUAAACGCUUCACUUGGUGGGAUUUACCGAUAGCAAGAUUAUCAACCUGUUGGGAGGCUUUUGUUCAACAUGAAAGGCUUGUUCACUCCAAAAGAUUAAAGCAUGGUUGGGAGGUCAUUUGGUUUGCAAUAUUGUGGACACUAUGGGGUGUUUGAAAUGAAAGGAUAUUCAAGAA